AUGAAUUUAACUGGAGCUAUUUCAUCGAUUUCAGUUGCCGUAGGUGAUUUCGACAAGGACCACCGAUUAGAUAUUGUCGUUGUAAACAAUGAUACUGGUGCCAUUGAUAUUCUUGUUGGACGUUACGAAAGCUUUCAAAAUCAAAUAAGAUAUUCAACUGGCUCUAAUCCAUCAUCUGUAGCUAUUGGUGAUGUCAACAACGACACUCGACUAGAUAUCAUUGUCGCCAAUGAGUUGAGCGAUGAUGUGAGUAUCCUUCUUGGAUAUGGAAACGGUUCUUUUGAAAAUCAAACAAGGUAUUUAGUUGGCUCUUCUCCACAAUCUGUAGCUAUUGGUGAUGUCAACAAUGACACUCGACUAGAUAUCGUUGUUGCCAAUUCGUGGAGCGAUGAUGUGAGUGUCCUUCUUGGAUAUGGAAAUGGUUCUUUUGCAAAAGAAACAAGAUAUUUAGUUGGCUCUUCUCCAUCAUCUGUAACUGUUGGUGAUUUCAACAAUGACACUCGACUGGAUAUCGUUGUCGGCAAUUAUUGGAGCAAUGAUGUGAGUAUCCUUCUUGGAUAUGGAAACGGUUAUUUUGAAAAUCAAACAAGGUAUUCAGUUGGCUCUUCUCCACGAUCUGUAGCUAUUGGUGAUGUCAACAAUGACACUCGACUAGAUAUCGUUGUUGCCAAUUGGGGGAGCAAUGAUGUGAGUGCCCUUCUUGGAUAUGGAAAUGGUUCUUUUGCAAAAGAAACAAGAUAUUCAGUUGGCUCUCUGCCAUCAUCUGUAACUGUUGGUGAUUUCAACAAUGACACUCGACUGGAUAUCGUUGUCGGCAAUUAUUGGAGCAAUGAUGUGAGUAUCCUUCUUGGAUAUGGAAACGGUUAUUUUGAAAAUCAAAAAAGUUAUUCAGUUGACUUUUAUCCAUCAUCUGUAGCUAUUGGUGAUGUUAACAACGACACUCGACUAGAUAUCGUUGUCGCCAAUCAGGGUAACGAUUAUGUGAGUGUCCUGCUGCAAUAUAACAGAGGAGCGAUUACAUAUGCAAUGACCUUGGCACCUGGUGGUGGUUCUAGCCUACGAUGUGUAGUCAUUAAUGAUUUGAACAAUGACACUAAUCUCGAUAUCGUCUUAGCUAAUUAUGGCACUAAUAAUGUCGGCGUCCUUUUUGGAUAUGGGAAUGGUAGUUUUGAAAAUCAAAUGAUGCUCAACACUGGCACGAAUUCUCAUCCGAUUUCUAUAGCAGUUGGGGACUUCAAUGGUGACCGUGAAGUGGAUAUUGCUGUGGCCAAUGAUGGUACAAAGCAUGUAGAUAUGAUGCUUGGAAAUGGACAGGGAAAAUUUGCAAUUCAAACAAGUUAUGAAAUUGGUUUUGAUACACCUCCGUUAGUUAUGGCUUCUGGUGAUUUUAAUAAUGACGCACGAUCGGAGAUUAGACUGUACAUAUAUGAUGUCAUCGAGUUAAAGCUCAAUAUUGCUACCCUUUGUUCCUUAGAUUGA